GAGGGCGGUGCCGCGGCCUGGCCCUGCUGGAAGCCGCGGCCAGCGGCGGGGUGCGGGAUGAGCGGGUUCUCUCCGUGCUUGCGCUCACGGCUCCUCCUGCACGAACCCUGGGCGGUGCUGCGGGGGCUGCGCCGCGUCUCGCUGGCGGCCGGCCCGCGUCAGGGCACGGCGGGCUGCAGUGUCACCUCUGGCACAGGCAUGGAGGAGCUGCUGAGUCGCUCCGUGCCGCCGCUGCCGCCCUACGAGACCAAGGAGAAGGCGCCGCCCCCGGCGGAGCUGCGCAGCGCGGAGUUCAUGCGGUACUACCGCGGCCUGCCGGCCGGGCCGCCCCGCGCCGAGCUCCUCACCCGCCUGGCCCGCGACUUCGGCGUGGACCACGGGCGGGUGGCGGAGUUCAGCGCCAAAGUGCUGCAGGCCCGGGAGCAGCAGAGGGAGCUGGGAGCCCUGCUGCAGGCCGAGGACCGGCUGCGUUACUACCUGAACCCGCGGUACCGGGGGCUGUUCCAGCACCUGGGCCGCCUAGAGGGCGGGCUGCGCUUCCUGGUGGAGCUGAGGGGAGACCUGGUGGAGGGGCUGGCGAGCAAGGCGGUGGAUGGCCCUCACGUCAAGGAAAUGAGUGGUGUUCUAAAGAACAUGCUUUCAGAGUGGUUCUCUACAGGAUUCCUAAAUCUGGAGCGGGUCACGUGGCAAUCACCUUGUGAAGUGCUCCAGAAAAUUAGUGAUUCUGAAGCUGUGCAUCCUGUUAGAAACUGGGUUGAUAUGAAGCGUCGAGUGGGGUCGUAUAGAAGAUGCUACUUUUUUUCUCACUGUGCAAUCCCAGGAGAACCAUUGAUAGUCUUGCACGUUGCAUUAACCAGUGAUAUCUCCAGCAGCAUCCAGGCCAUAGUGAAAGAAGUGGAACCUUUAGAAACAGAAGAUGCAGACAAAAUUACAACAGCAAUUUUUUACUCGAUCAGUUUGACUCAGCAAGGACUGCAGGGUGUGGAACUUGGGACCUACCUCAUCAAACACGUGGUAAAGGAGCUGCAGAAAGAACUUCCUCAGAUAAAAACUUUUUCUACUCUGUCGCCUAUCCCUGGGUUCACAAAAUGGCUCGUUGGUCUCCUCUCCUCGCAGACAAAAGAACUGGAAAAGAAUGAACUCUUUACAGAAUCAGAACGCCAAGAACUGUCUCAGAUCACAGGAGAUUGUACGACUGAAACACUAAAGAAGCUCUUAAAUAACAACGAAUGGGUGCGAUCGGAAAAGUUAGUCAGCGCGCUCCAUUUGCCACUAAUGAGACUGUGUGCCUGGUACUUGUACGGGGAGAAGCAUCGCGGCUAUGCACUUAACCCAGUAGCAAACUUUCACCUUCAGAAUGGCUCUGUGUUGUGGCGGAUAAACUGGCUGGCAGACACAAGCCCUCGGGGCAUUGCUGCUGCGUGUGGCAUGAUGGUGAACUACCGGUAUUUCUUAGAGGAUACAGCCACUAACAGUGCAGCCUAUCUGGGGACAAAAGCCAUUAAAGCCUCGGAGCAGGUUCUUUCCUUGGUGUCUCAGUUCCAGCAAAAUAGCAAGCUUUAAGUAGUGUGAAAACUAAGGACAAACGUUCCUCACUUGUAAAGAGCUGUCAUAUUUUGCAGUGUCUGUAUUUAAAUGCGAAUGUCCCUUUAUAAAACAAAUUUACUCAGCGCAGCAGGGUACAAAAGCAUCUAAAUUAUCAGCUGUCUUGCUUACAUUGCCAUAUAACCAAAGCCUGAUUUGUUGCAGUUGAAUCACUUUAAGUACUAGACAUUUGUUAUGUACAAAUGAAUUGGAGGUAUGUAUUAAGGAGUGAGCAAAUUCUCUCAAACAGUAGUAACUUGUACGGAAAAUACUUUAGCCAUACCAUUACUCUGUUGAUAAUAAACGUGUAUAAAUGUCAUGGUUUUGGCUGGGAUAGAGUUAAUUUUCUUCAUAGAGGCUUAUAUGAUGCUGUGUUUUGGAUUUUUGUUACAAUAGUGGUGAUAACACUGUGAUUGUAGCUGCUGCUGAGCAGUGCUUACACACAGCCAAGAACGUCUCAGCUUCUCGUGCUGCCCUGCCAGCAGGCAGGCUGCAGGUGUGCAAGAAGCUGGGAGAGGACAGAAGCAGAACAGCUGACUCAAACUGGCCAAAGUAUAUAAUUGUAAUAUAAAUACAGUUCUGUAUUACAUGGUGUACACCCAGCAAUAAAAGCUGUGGUAAAGAAGGAGGAAGGGGGGACGUUGGGAGGGAUGGCUGUAGAAUGUGCCCUGCUUUCCUGGGAGUCGCUGCACCGUCUGCCUACCCAUGGAACGUAGCAAAUUAAAUGAUUGUUUUGCUUUGCUUGCAUGCACAGCAAGAUCCCAUCAGUUCUCGUGCUUUUACCUUUCUGAUUCUCUUCCCUCAUUCCACCUGGGGAGAGUGAAUAAGCAACUGCGUGGUGCUGAGCUGCCUUUGGGGUUAAACCACAGCAAUAAAGUGUGUUUUCAGCAGGAGCUGUGCUUCUCUGUCACACUGCUGCCAUAGCUCGAUUCGUACCAAAGUAUCUGGAAAGAAGUGUUGCAUGAAGGUAAAUUUUUUGGUCAAAUAUAUUAGCAAAAUGGUAGUCUACAAUUUUAUUUCAGUAAUGCCUUUGUCUUUUUCUCCCUCAAACACUUCAAUGUAAAAACACUAAAAUUCACACUGAAUCUUUGCUUUGUUGGAGCACUGGAAAGCCUUAUAUUAAUGUUCUUGAAAAUCAGGGCUUCUGAGGGAAGCGGGUAUGUAGUAUUAUAAUUGCACUUUUUUCUGCUAAAAUAUAAUGAGCAAGAAGGAAGUGUUCAAAUAAAAGCUGAUAAAGAGCUUUUUUCGUGAAGAGGUAGGUGUGAUCUGUAAACCAGUAAAAUAAACUUUCUCAUUAAAUCAUGUCUA